AUGCAUGCGACUGACGACCCCGUGCUGUGUCCGACAAAGGCGCUGUACCACGUGCUACGAGCCCGAGCGGAGUUGCGGCAGAACGCGGCACCAAAUCUGUGUGUCGACCUCAGGGCGGGUGAAGUAUCCGACAGGCUCAAGGCUGUGGUCUCCAGUAUUGGCGUUGACCCGCAUCAGUACGCCACUCACUCGGUGCGCAUCGGUGGCGCCACCGCCCUGCUGUCUGGGAAGGCUGAUGGCCUCGCAAUCAAGCUCCUGGGCCGCUGGCUGAGCAAAACCUACGAGAGCUAUCCCGUGCUAGGCCAGAAGCUACCCUCGGCCUCUCAAGUCGCAUGA